AGGUCAUGGCUACUGGGGAGUUUACAGCUCCUAAGGAAUAGUGUGGAAUGCGCAAAGCACAGAUGCUCAGCUUGGGGCCUGGGGCUUCCCUGGAGGAGGAGAAGAGGAAAGGCCCAAGCCUGCUCAUUGCCCACCCCCACAGGCAGGUGGGCAUUGUGGAGCUCACUACAAGAACUCUGGGACCGACCGACCAACCCACUUGCCCAGUCCCGUCCUGGGAGGUGGGGGUGCAGUGACGACAGAUGGGUGUGACGGCUGCCAGAUUCCUGAGACCCGCCCUGCGGUGGGGCUACACCCAGCCAGGAAGUCUCCAGAGGUGAGGCUGUUGUUUAAAAACCUGGAGCCGGGAGGGGAGACCCCCACAUUCAAGAGGAGCUUUCAGGCGAUCUGGAGAAAGAACGGCAGAACACACAGCAAGGGAAGGUCCUUUCUGGGGAUCACCCCAUUGGCUGAAGAUGAGACCAUUCUUCCUCUUGUGUUUUGCCCUGCCUGGCCUCCUGCAUGCCCAACAAGCCUGCUCCCGUGGGGCCUGCUAUCCACCUGUUGGGGACCUGCUUGUUGGGAGGACCCGGUUUCUCCGAGCUUCAUCUACCUGUGGACUGACCAAGCCUGAGACCUACUGCACCCAGUAUGGCGAGUGGCAGAUGAAAUGCUGCAAGUGUGACUCCAGGCAGCCUCACAACUACUACAGUCACCGAGUAGAGAAUGUGGCUUCAUCCUCCGGCCCCAUGCGCUGGUGGCAGUCACAGAAUGAUGUGAACCCUGUCUCUCUGCAGCUGGACCUGGACAGGAGAUUCCAGCUUCAAGAAGUCAUGAUGGAGUUCCAGGGGCCCAUGCCCGCCGGCAUGCUGAUUGAGCGCUCCUCAGACUUCGGUAAGACCUGGCGAGUGUACCAGUACCUGGCUGCCGACUGCACCUCCACCUUCCCUCGGGUCCGCCAGGGUCGGCCUCAGAGCUGGCAGGAUGUUCGGUGCCAGUCCCUGCCUCAGAGGCCUAAUGCACGCCUAAAUGGGGGGAAGGUCCAACUUAACCUUAUGGAUUUAGCAUCUGGGAUUCCAGCAACUCAAAGUCAAAAAAUUCAAGAGCUGGGGGAGAUCACAAACUUGAGAGUCAAUUUCACCAGGCUGGCCCCUGUGCCCCAAAGGGGAUACCACCCUCCCAGCGCCUACUAUGCUGUGUCGCAGCUCCGUCUGCAGGGGAGCUGCUUCUGUCACGGCCAUGCUGAUCGCUGUGCACCCAAGCCUGGGGCCUCUGCAGGCCCCUCCACCGCUGUGCAGGUCCACGAUGUCUGUGUCUGCCAGCACAACACUGCCGGCCCAAAUUGUGAGCGCUGUGCACCCUUCUACAACAACCGGCCCUGGAGACCGGCGGAGGGCCAGGACGCCCAUGAAUGCCAAAGGUGCGACUGCAACGGGCACUCAGAGACAUGUCACUUUGACCCCGCUGUGUUUGCCGCCAGCCAGGGGGCAUAUGGAGGUGUGUGUGACAAUUGCCGGGACCACACCGAAGGCAAGAACUGUGAGCGGUGUCAGCUGCACUAUUUCCGGAACCGGCGCCCGGGAGCUUCCAUUCAGGAGACCUGCAUCCCCUGCGAGUGUGAUCCGGAUGGGGCAGUGCCAGGGGCUCCCUGUGACCCAGUGACCGGGCAGUGUGUGUGCAAGGAGCAAGUGCAGGGAGAGCGCUGUGACCUAUGCAAGCCGGGCUUCACUGGACUCACCUAUGCCAACCCGCAGGGCUGCCACCGCUGUGACUGCAACAUCCUGGGGUCCCGGAGGGACAUGCCGUGUGACGAGGAGAGUGGGCGCUGCCUUUGUCUGCCCAACGUGGUGGGUCCCAAAUGUGACCAGUGUGCUCCCUACCACUGGAAGCUGGCCAGUGGCCAGGGCUGUGAACCGUGUGCCUGCGACCCGCACAACUCCCUCAGCCCACAGUGCAACCAGUUCACAGGGCAGUGCCCCUGUCGGGAAGGCUUUGGUGGCCUGAUGUGCAGCGCUGCAGCCAUCCGCCAGUGUCCAAACCGGACCUACGGAGAUGCGGCCACAGGAUGCCGAGCCUGUGACUGUGAUUUCCGGGGAACAGAGGGCCCGGGCUGUGACAAGGCAUCGGGCCGCUGCCUCUGCCGCCCUGGCUUGACCGGGCCCCGCUGUGACCAGUGCCAGCGAGGCUACUGCAACCGCUACCCGGUGUGCGUGGCCUGCCACCCUUGCUUCCAGACCUAUGAUGCGGACCUCCGGGAGCAGGCCCUGCACCUUGGUAGACUCCGCAAUGCCACCGCCAGCCUGUGGUCAGGGCCUGGGCUGGAGGACCGUGGCCUGGCCUCCCGGAUCCUAGAUGCAAAGAGUAAGAUUGAGCAGAUCCGAGCAGUUCUCAGCAGCCCCGCAGUCACAGAGCAGGAGGUGGCUCAGGUGGCCAGUGCCAUCCUCUCCCUCAGGCGAACUCUCCAGGGCCUGCAGCUGGAUCUGCCCCUGGAGGAGGAGACGUCCCUUCCGAGAGACCUGGAGAGUCUGGACAGAAGCUUCAAUGGUCUCCUUACUAUGUAUCAGAGGAAGAGGGAGCAGUUUGAAAAAAUAAGCAGUGCUGAUCCUUCAGGAGCCUUCCAGAUGCUGAGCACAGCCUACGAGCAGUCAGCCCAGGCUGCUCAGCAGGUCUCUGACAGCUCGCGCCUUUUGGACCAGCUCAGGGACAGCCGGAGAGAGGCAGAGAGGCUGGUGCGGCAGGCGGGAGGAGGAGGAGGCACCAGCAGCCCCAAGCUUGUGGCCCUGAGGCUGGAGAUGUCUUCGUUGCCUGACCUGACACCCACCUUCAACAAGCUCUGUGGCAACUCCAGGCAGAUGGCUUGCACCCCAAUAUCAUGCCCUGGUGAGCUAUGUCCCCAAGACAAUGGCACAGCCUGUGGCUCCCACUGCAGGGGUGUCCUUCCCAGGGCCGGUGGGGCCUUCUUGAUGGCGGGGCAGGUGGCUGAGCAGCUGCGGGGCUUCAAUGCCCAGCUCCAGCAGACCAGGCAGAUGAUUAGGGCAGCCGAGGAAUCUGCCUCACAGAUUCAAUCCAGUGCCCAGCGCUUGGAGACCCAGGUAAGCGCCAGCCGCUCCCAGAUGGAGGAAGAUGUCAGACGCACACGGCUCCUAAUCCAGCAGGUCCGGGACUUCCUAACAGACCCCGACACUGAUGCAGCCACUAUCCAGGAGGUCAGCGAGGCCGUGCUGGCCCUGUGGCUGCCCACAGACUCAGCUACUGUUCUGCAGAAGAUGAAUGAGAUCCAGGCCAUUGCAGCCAGGCUCCCCAACGUGGACUUGGUGCUGUCCCAGACCAAGCAGGACAUUGCGCGUGCCCGCCGGUUGCAGGCUGAGGCUGAGGAAGCCAGGAGCCGAGCCCAUGCAGUGGAGGGCCAGGUGGAAGAUGUGGUUGGGAACCUGCGGCAGGGGACAGUGGCACUGCAGGAAGCUCAGGACACCAUGCAAGGCACCAGCCGCUCCCUUCAGCUUAUCCAGGACAGGGUUGCUGAGGUUCAGCAGGUACUGCGGCCAGCAGAAAAGCUGGUGACAAGCAUGACCAAGCAGCUGGGUGACUUCUGGACACGGAUGGAGGAGCUCCGCCGCCAAGCCCGGCAGCAGGGGGCAGAGGCAGUCCAGGCCCAGCAGCUUGCGGAAGGUGCCAGCGAGCAGGCAUUGAGUGCCCAAGAGGGAUUUGAGAGAAUAAAACAAAAGUAUGCUGAGUUGAAGGACCGGUUUGGUCAGAGUUCCAUGCUGGGUGAGCAGGGCGCCCAGAUCCAGAGUGUGAAGACAGAGGCAGAGGAGCUGUUUGCGGAGACCAUGGAGAUGAUGGACAGGAUGAAAGACAUGGAGUUGGAGCUGCUGCAGGGCAGCCAGGCCAUCAUGCUGCGCUCAGCGGACCUGACAGGACUGGAGAAGCGUGUGGAGCAGAUCCGUGACCACAUCAAUAGGCGCGUGCUCUACUAUGCCACCUGCAAGUGAUGCUACAGCUUCCAGCCCGUUGCCCCACUCAUCUGCCGCCUUUGCUUUUGGUUGGGGGCAGAUUGGGUUGGAAUGCUUUCCAUCUCCAGGAGACUUUCAUGCAGCCUAAAGUACAGCCUGGACCACCCCUGGUGUGUAGCUAGUAAGAUUACCCUGAGCUGCAGCUGAGCCUGAGCCAAUGGGACAGUUACACUUGACAGACAAAGAUGGUGGAGACUGGCAUGCCAUUGAAACUAAGAGCUCUCAAGUCAAGGAAGCUGGGCUGGGCAGUAUCCCCCGCCUUUAGUUCUCCACUGGGGAGGAAUCCUGGACCAAGCACAAAAACUUAACAAAAGUGAUGUAAAAAUGAAAAGCCAAAUAAAAAUCUUUGGAAAAGAGCCUGGAGGUUCAACGAGGAAAAA